GCUGUCUCUUGCGCUAAAAAAAAUGUUAAAACACAUUUGACAAAUAUAUUACUCGCAUCAUUAUCUUUGUUAUGAAUUAAAUUUUAAAUGUACAGCAAGCGAAUUAUCUGAUGUCUUUUAGUAAGAGAGGAAAACGGUUUGAGUAAUUAAAUAAAGAAAUAAAAAAUGGCAGCUGAACUAGGUGUACCUUCAGUAGCUCUUGAGGCAGUGUUAAAAAAAUCAUCUAGCUUGCCAAAAGAUAAGGAAUUAGUCAAAGGUUAUGAUUUUAAUGAUGGAGUGGAUUACCAUGCACUUCUUCAAUCUUACAAAACUUCUGGUUUCCAAGCUACAAAUUUUGGUUUAGCUGUUGAAGAAAUAAACAAAAUGAUUGCUUGCCGUCGUCAACCAUUGGUAAAUGAAGAUGCUUUGGAGGCAGAUCCAUUUAUUCGAAGAAAACACCAUUGCACUAUAUUUUUAGGAUACACUUCUAAUAUGGCUUCAGCAGGUGUCAGAGACACAAUUCGAUUUCUUGUUCAACAUAAAAUGGUGGAUUGUGUUGUUACUUCUGCUGGUGGUGUUGAAGAAGAUCUCAUAAAAUGCUUGGCACCAACAAUUAUUGGAAAAUUUUCUCUGGAUGGAGCUUCUUUAAGGGAUAAUGGUUUAAAUCGAAUAGGAAAUUUAAUUGUCCCGAAUGAAAAUUAUUGUAAAUUUGAAGAUUGGGUAAUGCCUGUUUUAGAUGAAUUAUUAGAAGAGCAACAUUCAAAGAAUAUAAUAUGGACACCUUCCAAAGUAAUUACAAGACUUGGUGAAAAAAUUGCAAAUCCAGAUUCUAUUUGUUAUUGGGCUGCAAAAAAUGAAAUACCAAUUUUUAGCCCUGCAUUAACUGAUGGAUCACUUGGUGACAUGAUUUACUUUCAUUCUUACCGCAAUCCUGGUCUUGUCAUAGACAUUGUCCAAGAUAUACGUAGGAUUAAUUCCAUUGCUGUAAAAGCUGAAAAUUCAGGAAUGAUUAUAAUUGGAGGUGGAGUAAUUAAACACCAUAUUUGCAAUAGUAAUUUAAUGAGAAAUGGUGCUGAUUAUGCAGUGUACAUCAAUACAGCUAAUGAAUUUGAUGGUAGUGAUUCUGGAGCCAGGCCUGAUGAAGCAGUGUCUUGGGGGAAAAUAAAGAAAACAGCAACACCAGUUAAAGUGUAUGCAGAUGCUACUUUAGUCUUCCCUUUAAUUGUUGCUGAAACAUUUGCUUCUUCAUUUCAUUCAAACACGAACCAUGUAAAAGACUAAAGGUUCAUAAUUGUUAAAAUUAAAGGAAAAAAGACUAAGUUAUCUGACUCUAUUAUGUAAAAUAAAAAUUUUUAUUUUUAAUAUUUUA